AUGCCGCCCACAUUGCCCGAGAAAACCGAUUACACACGAUGGCGACUAUUAAACGAAGAUGGCCGACACACAUGGCACUACAUGGAAGACGACGAGUCCGCGCGAAAAUGGCCUCAGACGUUAGCCGAUAAAUACUAUCUCGGUCUACCACUGAACCUUCCCGAUCUUCCCCAGCCAAAAUCCCCCUUAGAGACAGUCCACAAUGGCCUGAAAUUCUUUUCUAAUCUGCAGCUCUCCGCUGGGAACUGGGGCUGUGAGUACGGCGGUCCCAUGUUCCUAAUUCCCUGCAUCGUCUUCGCGUGGACCGCAACCGCAACCCCGAUCCCCUGGUCCUACGCAAUGGAGAUCAAAAAUUAUCUCUUUGCGCGAGCCAACCCAGUCGAUGGAGGCUGGGGCCUGCACACCGAAGGCGAAAGCACCGUGUUCGGCACGAGCCUGAACUACACCGUCCUCCGCCUGCUCGGCGUCCCUGCCGACCACGAGGUGAUGAUUAAAGCCCGCACCCUGCUGCACAAGCACGGCGGUGCCAUGUACGCGCCCCACUGGGCCAAGUUCUGGUUGGCGCUACUCGGCAUUGCGGACUGGGAUAUUGUGAACCCCGUCCCGCCUGAAACGUGGUUAUUGCCGGACUGGGUGCCUGUCGCACCGUGGCGGUGGUGGAUACAUAUUCGGCAAGUGUUCCUACCGAUGUCGUUUAUUUGGUCGAGACGGUGGACUAUGCCUGAGACGGAGGUCAUUCGGUCGUUGCGGAACGAGUUGUUUACCCAGGAUUGGGAGAGUAUUGAUUGGAGAGGGAAUCGAAACUCCAUUGCCGAGAUUGACAACCAUCAUCCGAAGACUUGGGUACUCGGUUCUGUGAACUGGUGGUUGAGCGAGAUAUGGAUGCCGUUUUUGAGGCCGAGGUUCGUAGCUACCUGGGCUGAGGACUGGGUGAGCAAGCUGGUGGAUAUGGAGGAUGAGAACUCGGACUAUGCUGAUCUGGCAUCUGUGAAUGCGCCGUUGAAUAUGGUGGUUUGUUUCAUAAGGGAUGGGGGUGACGCGUAUUCCGUCAGAAGACAUCGGGAGCGGCUGGAAGAUUUUCUAUGGGUUAAUAAGGAGGGCAUGUUAGUGAAUGGGACGAAUGGGGUGCAGUGCUGGGAUACGGCAUUUCUGGUGCAAGCUGUUCAUGCCGCUGGUUUGGCGGAGAGUGAGGAGUGGAGGCCUAUGUUGGUGCGGGCGUGGAGUUCCUGGAUCGCCAGCAAAUCAGGGAGAAUUGACCAAGGAUAUGCUGUGUGUGACUGUAUCUCGGAAGCCUUGAAGUCGGUUAUUUUGCUGCAGAAGACCCCGGGAUACCCGCAGUUGCUUGAUGAUCGGAGGAUCUUUGAUGCCGUUGAUACGUUGCUCACUUAUCAGAACCCCUCCGGUGGAUGCUCGUCUUAUGAGCAAACUAGAGGCGGGGAGUAUAUGGAGAUGUUCAAUGCUGCGGAGGUGUUUGGACGGAUCAUGGUUGAAUAUGACUAUCCAGAGUGUACGACGGCCGUGGUCACGGCGUUGACAUUGUUUAAGAAGCACUGGCCGGAUUACCGAUCGAAGGAAAUCGAGGUCUUCAUCCAGCGUGCGCUAGGAUAUAUCAAGAAAGCUCAGUUCCCUGACGGCAGUUGGUACGGAAGCUGGGCUGUCUGCUUCACGUACGGCACUAUGUUCGCAUUGGAAAGUCUGGCAUCCGUGGGAGAAACAUAUCAAAAUAGUGAAUACGUCAGGAAGGCAUGCCACUUCCUACUAUCGAAGCAGAGAGAGGACGGUGGGUGGUCUGAAAGCUGCGAGGGCUGUCGACAACUCAAGUAUAUCGAGCAUCCAAGCGGCUCUCAAGUCGUGCAGACGGCAUAUGCAGUCAUCGGCUUACUCUCGGCUGAGUAUCCGGACAUGAAACCUAUUGAGAAAGCCAUUCGACUGAUAAUGGCAAGACAACAGCCCAAUGGCGAGUGGCUGCCGGAAGCCAUCGAGGGCAUGUUCAAUAAGACAUGUGCCAUCUCCUAUCCUAAUUAUAAGUUUACGUUCACGAUGCUAGCGUUGGGGAAGUUUGCUCAGACGUAUCCUAACUACAGACUUGCUUGA